GUAUUCGAGUAUGUGGAUCGCGACCUCAAGCAGUAUAUGGACGCCUGUAAUAACGUACUCACGAUGAAUAACAUCCGGCUAUUUCUUUUCCAACUGUUACGGGGUUUGGCUUACUGUCACCAACGCCGAGUACUCCACCGUGACCUGAAACCACAAAAUCUUCUAAUUACCGCGAAAGGAGAGCUCAAACUGGCUGACUUUGGCUUGGCCCGAGCCAAGUCUGUACCGACGAAGACGUACUCGAAUGAGGUGGUGACGCUGUGGUACCGCCCUCCGGACGUGCUCUUAGGUAAGAAUUUGUUAUUUACUUCAAGCCGUGUUCUGCUACAAGUGUUCAAGCUUGUACUCUUUGUUGUUGUUUAUGUUGGAAUUCUCUGA